AUGAAUACUUACAGUCAAGAAUUCACAGCACCAUCCGACGAAACCGUUUCCGCAACAACUACCCUACCAGAACUUUCCGACCUUAAUUCUUCGACCUCUACCUUUCACUCGAACUCGUCUAUUUCUUCCAUUGACAGCGAUACUACGGACGAAGUAGCUUCAUCCUCUCCUGACUUCUUGUCACAGCAAGAACAAGAACAAACCAACAACAACAGAGGAACUACUCGCACUCGCCCCUCCUUGGAUACCAGAGCUUCUACUUCAACUUCCCGACGCUUCAUUCAAGGUCGUCGGAAUUAUCGACUCAACCAAAGCACUGCCACACGACGUAUCAACACUAGCGUUCUUGUCCUCAACAACCUCCUACAGUUUUCCUUCUCUACCAUUAUGAACGCUGCCAUUACUAUUUUUGGAGUCGGGAUUGGUGUCGGCCUUAUUUUGGCGGAUUCCUUUCGAUCACCAGGCACUACCAACAACAACAACAACAGCAGCAACAGCAACAUCAAUGCGUCGUCAUUGUCGAAUCAUCAUCAUGUGCUGGAAGAACAGCAAAAUCAUGCCACCAUUACCGUCUCGGCAGCAACACCAACUUGUCGGGCGACCAUUCGAAGGGCCAUGGAUCGGAUUCAAGAGGCACCGCCCAUCAGCUUGGCGUCAAUCUCAGCGCUGCCAGCACAAUAG